UAUAUUGGUGGCUACAUGAAGUUCCAACCUUUUUUUCCACAGACAAACCGCACUUUAUAUCCUGCGAGUAUCUUGGGUUCAGGCACACUACCCACCACAGGCGACCCGCACCUCGACGCUUCAAAUCUAACAUCGCGUUCAACAUACGCUCUGCGUGCUUCCCAGAAGGCUCUGCGCAUGUACCCUGGACACGUGACCAACUGGGCUGUUUUUGUGUCUGCUGUAACUGCCAAUGGUAUUGCAGUAGAGAGCGUGACUAGAGAGAAAGGUUUACACCGCCUGGCUCUGAAGCUAUCAAGAUAUGUCAGUGCUAAAGCUUCUCAAGAAAAAGACGAUCUCCUACAGAGCCUCGGUACCAGGCCCUCAGGGUCACACGCGUCGCUUGCUGACGCUGUCUACAAGUGGACCCUGCUUCACACGGGCUACUGCUUGCUGAACUGCGGGCUCAUGCAGGAAGCUUUGCAGCACUGUGAACAAAAUUGUUAA